UAUCGUGUUGUACGAUUGGUGGCUUGUUUAGUGUCAAAAUUAAAUAUGCUUCUUUCGAAGUUGUGGGAGAUGCUAUUUGUGUCAAUACUGUCUAGGGAUAUUUAUUUUAUGUCUUUAAUCUAUGAAGAUUGCUGUUUAAAAAUUAGAUCAUUCUGGUGAGGUUUCCAGAUUAUACUCUGGAAUUAUUGUUUGCUGUCGUAAACGUUGAUGCAAGGUUUAAAAUAUAUUUAAAAUAAUGGCUGCAGACGAUUCAAUGAAUUUCUCAGAAAACGAUCACGCAAAUGUCGUUCUGGAAAAGCUGAAAGCUCAGAGGGAUCAGGGGAAGUUCUGUGAUAUUGUUCUUUACGUGGGAGGAACCGAAUUCCGAGCACACCGAAACGUACUGGCUUCAUGUUCACAGUAUUUCGAAUCAAUCCUAAAGACUCAUAAAUCAAUAAAAGAACGUUUAACAGUCACCUGCCAGAGUUCAGAGAUAUUCCAGAGCUUGUUGAAUUAUAUGUAUACAGGUUGUGUCAUAAUUAAUAAAAGCAAUGUUUCUGAAUUGUUGAGAUUGGCCAAUCAUUUUCUAGUAGGAAAGUUAAAAAACUACUGCGCCGAUUACCUUGACAGGCAUUUGGAUGUAACAAAUUGUCUGUCUGUCAGAGACCUGAGUGAGAAGUAUAAUUUGCCUAUCUUACUAAAGGCUGCAACCUUAUUUGUGGCAGUGAAUAUAAACAAAGUACUUUUUGAAGAAGAAUUAAUGAACUUUAGCCUUCCAAAAAUGGAAGAAUUUCUUUCAGAAAAGGCUUGGGUCGUUCCUCAGGACAGUCUCCUAAGCCUGAUUUCAAGAUGGGUUCAGAAAGACAUUACAGCAAGAGAGCGAAGCAUUCGAGCACUGCUUACAUUUGUUGAUUGGAGUAACUUAGAGGCAACUUUUAUAUCUGAACAAAUAGACAAAGACCAGCUUUAUUCUAUGAGUGAAAUAUCAUUCUAUUUUGUGCUGCAAUCACUAGCUGAAAGUAACUUACUUUUUCCAAAGUACCAGUCUGCGUAUCAAGCCCUACAGCAGAAAUUUCCUCAGGGUGGAUGUUCUUUAGACAGUGACACUUUUCUUACCAUGGCUGUGUCAACAGCCAUAGAAGAAUUCCAGGAAACAUCAGAUAAUCGCAUCAGCUCUAUUCCUUCACGAAAUAUGGACCAGGAGCCAACACAUGAAUUACCAGAGAAAAGAAACUGUGAAGCUGUUACUGUUACUGGUUCUAGGAAACUGACUAAAAAGCGAAGGAUGCACUGGCGGAACAAACACAAACUGCUACGUUCGGCUAACCCUACAUCUCGUAUCACUGCUUUCAAGAAUGCAAUAAGCACUUGUCACAAGAGAUUCUGCCUCCAUCACAAAAAACAAAAGAGAGGAAAGUUGAAGUUGUGCCACCUAUGCACAUUUACAACUAGUGAUAUAUCUCAGCUGGAGCAACAUAUGGCUGCAGUCCAUGCCCGCGAAAUGUCAUAUAAAUGUGGCCUCUGUGGCUUUGUGUGUCAUCUUAACAAAGAUUAUUAUAGCCACAUGAAGACAGAACAUUUCCAGGGACCACCUUUCAAAUGUGAUACCUGCAGUUAUACAGCUGAUAAGAUCCAGCAGCUCCUCUCUCAUCGACUGCAACAUUCUGAUGAGCCACUGUAUAAGUGCCAGCAAUGUGAUUAUGAGUGUCGUACCCGCAGCAGUCUCCUCUUACAUAUGCACAGUCAUGCAGGCGAAAAAGCCAUGAAAUGUGACAUUUGUGGGAAGGCCUUCUCCAAUACCACCAGCUUAGAACAUCAUCUCAUCACUCACAGUUCAGAUCGGCCAUAUAUGUGUGAUUCUUGUGGAUUUUCUACUAAAUAUAUGAGUCAUCUGAUUGCACACAAACGAAUUCAUACAGGAGAUGUAUAUCAUUGUUCGUACCCACAAUGCCAGUAUUCAACAGCAAAGAAGUCACAGCUUGGAUCUCAUAUACGAGUUCACGUAGAACAACGUCCCCACUCGUGUUCUACUUGUGGGCGAGGCUUCCUUGAAAAGAGCCAUCUGGUUCGACAUGAGCGAAUUCAUUUGGAUGAGAAACCAUUCAGGUGCAGCCAAUGUGAAUAUGCUAGUUCCCGUCGAGAUAAACUGAAAGAACACUUUGGCCGUCAUCAUGGGGAACAGGCUUCUGCUAAAGUGCCCUACAAGGCUCGCCAAGCUCGUGUAAAUCAUAAGGGCUGCAGCAGUGGUGAGUCUGGAUAUAACAACUCAGAAUCAAAUCAUCAAAGUCAAGAAAAUGUAAGCAGCAGGACAGAUGGAAAUGCUGGUGUUAACACACAGCAAAAUUCGAGUGCACCACCCUCAUUUGGUUUCACUAAUGCAAUUCACCAUCCCUCGUUUGACUUUCAUCACCAUCAGAUUUUGGCAUCUAGGGCAGGUGGUCUCUCUCAUAAGGAUAUACAUCAUACACAUAUGCAUCACCAAAGCCCUGCUGCAGCAAUGGCAGCUAUGAUGCUCGAUCCACGUCUGCAUGCAUCUGCUGAUCCUGGAAGUUCAUAUAAUGGUCAACCAGUUCCGCCACCACCCCCAGUAUCAGCAGCAGUUCCAACAAGUCAACAAAGUGGGAACCAUCAACAAGUUGAUUACCCUUGCAUGCCUCUGUUUUAAGUGUUGGGCACCAACUAAAAAUCUGAAUGAAAGCAACACCUGAAACUUUAUCUUCGAGGUGCUGCGAGGAGGAAAAGGAGCAACUCAGAUGUUCAGGACGAGCUUUUCAGCAAUGAAGCUAAAAUUCAGAUAACUUCUCCACUUCAGUGAUUCAUGAAUGGUCAGCCAAAUAUAUAUUAUAAUUUUUAUUGCUGAAUUUAAGUUCUUUCAUUGUUCAUUGAGACAAAUUAUUUAAUAGAAAUUAGUAAGCAGAUUUAAAUUAAUUAAAUCUAGUUAAAUUAAAACAUCUUGUGUGGUGUGAAUGAAAUCCUCUGUGAAAAAAUGAAAUGGUUGGUACUAUAUGAAAGAAAAAUUCAUUCUGCAUACUUGGAUACGUUGUCAACAUCACCACAAAACAUAAUGUGAAUUGAGCACUAUUCCGUACUGUGUUAAU